CAGCUGGCGAGCUGUUUUUUCCCUCCAGUGUGCGCUGAGACACCGGAGUGUGAGUGUGUGCAGAGAGAGAGAGAAGGAGGACAGAAAAAUCAGGGAGACAAAUUCCGUGGCUGGGGAGAGAGGGGAGAGAGCAUAUUGCCAGUGGCUGUUAAGCAGCAGCCUUCCUGUUUCCAUCUUCUCUAACUGCACCCCAAAGCCUCAGUCUCUUCUGCAGCCAGGGACACUGAGAAGAACAAGAAAUUUUGAAAGCGGGGGGAGAGCCCCCAGGAACCUGCAAGUCUCUCCCAUUCAUUUUUUCCUCCAGUUUUACCAUGAACCAGGCUCUUUCCUGUCUCUGAGGAGAAAUUAAUAAGCAGAAGGGGGAAUUCAGCAAUUCUUUGGUUGCUAAGUGUGAGUGACAACUGUUAAGCAUGGCCCAAGGAGCCACUGAUCAAAGUAAUGUGGAAACUGCUGACCCAGAGGAGAGUUCUCCAAAUAUGAUUGUCUACAGAAAGAUUGAAGAUAUAAUUACAAGAAUGCAGGAUGACAAAGCAGGUGGAGUUCCUAUCCGAACAGUCAAGAGCUUUCUGUCUAAAAUCCCCAGUGUCGUCACAGGUACUGACAUUGUGCAGUGGCUCAUGAAGAACCUCAGCAUCGAGGACCCAGUGGAAGCAAUACACAUGGGAAGUCUUAUAGCAGCACAGGGCUAUAUCUUUCCAAUCUCCGACCAUGUUCUUACCCUGAAAGAUGAUGGGACCUUCUAUCGCUUUCAGGCCCCAUACUUUUGGCCUUCAAACUGCUGGGAACCAGAAAAUACAGACUAUGCCAUCUAUCUUUGCAAGCGGACCAUGCAGAACAAAGCUAGGCUGGAGCUGGCGGAUUAUGAAGCCGAAAACCUAGCAAGACUGCAGAGAGCUUUUGCAAGGAAGUGGGAAUUCAUCUUUAUGCAAGCAGAGGCCCAAGUAAAAAUUGACAGAAAAAAGGAUAAAACUGAAAGGAAAAUUUUGGACAGCCAAGAAAGAGCAUUUUGGGAUGUGCACAGGCCAGUGCCAGGCUGUGUGAACACAACAGAAAUGGACAUCAGAAAGUGUCGCCGUAUGAAAAACCCACAGAAGGUCAAAAAGUCAGUAUAUGGGGUUACAGAAGAUUCUCAAUCCCAAAGCCCUGUACAUAUGCCCUCCCAACCCAUACGAAAAACUACAAAAGAGGACUUCCGAAAAAAAAUAACCUUUCUGAAUGUGCAGAUAGACAGACACUGUUUAAAAAUGUCCAAAGUAGCUGAAAGUUUAAUAACUUACUCAGACCAAUACGUUGAAUAUGAUCCAUUUAUAACUCCUGCUGAACCUUCCAAUCCCUGGAUAAGUGAUGAUGCUACUUUAUGGGACAUAGAAAUGAGCAAAGAGCCCGGCCAACAACGUGUGAAAAGAUGGGGUUUCUCUAUAGAUGAGGUGCUGAAGGAUCCAGUGGGGCGAGAUCUGUUCCUUCGUUUUCUGGAGUCCGAAUUCAGUUCAGAAAACCUCAGGUUUUGGUUGGCUGUCCAAGAUCUCAAAAGACAACCUUUGCAGGAUGUAGCCACCAGAGUGGAGGAAAUCUGGCAAGAGUUUCUAGCUCCAGGUGCACAAAGCCCUAUCAACCUGGACUCUCACAGCUAUGAGAGAACAAGUCAAAACGUUCAAGACCCGGGGAGAUACACAUUUGAAGAUGCCCAGGAGCACAUUUACAAGUUGAUGAAGAGUGACAGCUACGCACGUUUCCUCCGUUCUAACACGUACCAAGACUUAUUGCUGGCGAAGAAGAAGGGAAAGUCUCUGGCAGGCAAGCGCCUCACAGGCCUGAUGCAAUCCUCCUGACAGCAUCAGCCGGACAAGCAGUUGCUGACAUCCCUGAAGGACAGCUGCACUCCACCUCCAUGGAGGAAGUUUCAUUUUG